CGGAAAGAACACAGCACUACAACUCGCUCAUAUUCAAAAGGCCUACUACUAUGACGACAGCAGCAGAAAGGGUCAAGUUUAGAUGUCCACUUAGUGUGACGUCACAGCAGAAAGCCAAACGUGAAUUGAACGAAGAUGAGACAACGCGCAAAGAACAGCUGGUCAAAUUACAGCAAUUAAUAGACACCCGACCGGACAUUAAAUUUCGCACAGACGAAGAUUUCCUUAUUCGUUUCUUGAGAGCAAAGAAAUUUGAUGCAGACAGAGCAUUUAAGGUACUGGUACAUUACUACGAAGUACGGAGACAGUAUAAAGAUGUCUUUACUGAUGCUCUACCCUCGACCGUUUUACCGGUUCUAGAAGCUAACAUCCACUUUAUAACUCAUGGUCGUGAUAACGAAGGGCGGCGUGUGCUCAUCUUUAAAAUGGAAAAUUGGGAUGUUGAAAAAUUUGGAGCCUCCGAGUUGACUCGAACUGCUACUAUGUUGCUGGAGAUGCUUCUUGCCGAAGACGAGACACAGAUCAACGGAAUUGUUGUUAUCGGAGACGCAGGUGGACUCAAUAUGGGUCAUAUCACUAAAAUGGGGCCAUCUGCUUCGAGGAAAAUGCUGGACAUUCUGCAAAAUGCGUUGCCGCUUCGCUUCAAAGCAAUGCACUUUGUGAAUGAACCAAAACUGUUUGACACUGCCUUUGCCAUAUUUAGACCGUUUUUGAGUGAGAAACUUAAAAAAAGGUUGCAGUUCCACGGCGAUGAAUUUGGAGCCUUGCACAACCAGGUGCCUUCCACUCUUCUACCCGUGGAGUUUGGGGGCGCUGUGCAGGAAUAUGACAACAAAGAAUGGAGAGAGAUAAUAAAAAGUAUGACAGAGGAAUUCAUUGAAAAUAACAAGUACGGAUUUCCGAAAACUGCUGAUACAUUGGGUGGGAAAGAUCAGGGUGCUGACGCGGCAGGUGGAUUGACUGGUAGCUUCAAGAAACUGGACAUGUGAACCAAACCAAGCAAAAUCACAAUGCAUCUUCUGCAGCCAUAUCCGUUUUCGUGAAAGUUUUAAUUUAUUUUGCGUAGGCCAAACUAAAGAGGCGUACAUAACUUCCAAUGACGAUCAAUCGUGUAUUUAAGUAGUGUGUUUACGAUUACAUAUAUUGAAAUUGAUAUUUGGGUUGAAUUUUUGAAUAUUGAAGUUGCGAGUAUGUCAGAUGGUUCAUUAAAGAGCGCCACCACACGAAUAGUUACGUUCA